ACAGUUUUUUGGAUUUAUACUUUAUUACUCAAAUGCAAAUCAAGCUCGUUAUUCUUACUAUCUGUGCUUCUCUUGCCGCUAUUGGUUUAGCUGCUCCUUCUCCUCAAGGCGACCCCAAUGCUAAUGGCUUAGACCUUAAUAUUCCUAGCGAUGGACAAAUUUCUCCUGGUACUGAUGAUCUAAGUCUUCCUGGGGGCCUUGAUGAAAGUACUGAAAUUUCGGCUUUGAGUAAUCCCGACAACGAACCGAUGGCAAUACUGGCAUGAAGAAGACGUAGUGGUGGUCGUGGCUUUGGUAGCCGUGGUGGCCUUGGUGGUCGUGGCCGUCCUAGAAUACCCAUAUCAAUACCCGAGGUGCCAUACUCAUAAAGAAACCCCAUAAUGUUAAAGUACAAUAAGCUUCAAUAAACUUGAUACUUCUUUUUAUGCAUAUUCUUUUCAAUAUUUCUGUUUCUAUGAUCGACUUGUCAGCAAAG